CGAAGAUAGAGACAAACCCCGAUGACAGCUUUAUGGGCGUCAGUUGGCGUUAUUACAAUUUUGUUGUUGUUGGUAUAUAGAUACAUAUUUACAACAACAUAUGAGAUCUCCAACGAAACUCUGUUCAGAGAGGAAGGCCCGAAAGCUCUGGCGGCAACUGCUAGCGAUGGAUUUGAAGCAGUGAAGGCAUUGCCUUGGCCUCGGAGUUUGCCGGGCCUCAAGCAAAUUGACAAAUACAAAGCCCUGAAAAGACAUGUUCUGGCGCAAUGGAACGAAAACGAAGACAUGAAAGCUGAGGUUCGCCAGCAACUACGACAUGCACUGAUGGACCGUUGUCAAGUUCAUAUUACAUGGCUACUGCGGGUGGAAAGAGAGCAGCAGUCAAUCGAGCGAAUGGCUCGUCGAGGAAUGAUGUCUGAAUCCGACUUGAAAAAAUUCGCACGGUUCUCUCAACUUUUAGACACGGAGGUUAACGAUGUUCGACACGAAGCAGGGUGGCUUUGUGAUGAUUUGGAGCGCAGCCAACAGGCCUCAGAAGAAAUUUGGUGCGCAAAAAUCUUUUGUGUGCAUGAAAAUAUCUAUCUCUAGGCGGAUUGCCGUGCAAAUAUGGAACCAAAGGCGGCAGGAGGAUGCAGCUCGUGCACGUGCCUUAAAAGCAACGACUGAAGAUGCAGCUCGGCGCCGUGAUGCUGGCAGUGGUCUGAAGGGUUUGAAGGGAGGUUUUUUGGGUAAGGUGAUAGAUUCUAAGCCCAGCAGUUCAAGACAAUUUGCUUCUACUCAGCCGGCAUUCAAACCCAUGACGUGGCCAGAGACUCAUCCUAGAGAACGCGCUAUCCAAGAGUAUGAAUUUAUCAAGGCUGGUUUCCUCAACCAGGACCAGGACAAAGGCGAGGCUGUAGGGAGAGCUAGACAGCGUUUAAGAGAUGCCCUCUUGCAGCGAUGCCAACAGCAGAUACCGUGGAUUCUUAGCCUGCGGCAAGAGCAACAGCGGACACGUAUUGCCACGGAGCGUGCAAGAUGGCAGUCCAGUGAAAUCCCAACAGCUGAAUAUUUGAGCACACUCCAAGUCUUCGAAACUAAGUGCAAGAUGGAAUCAGCCAGCAUUCAGGAGGAGGCUGAAUGGCUUGGGGAACAAGACGGCACUCCAGGAAUGGGAGAAAAGAUAUGGUCAAUGGCGUUUGAGCUUCACGCCAAGGCCAAUGCCCAAAAUACGAAACGCGAGAGAUUACUCCAACUACACCAAGAAAAGAUUCUCCAGACUUAUGCGGCAGGAACUGCAAAACCCUGGCCAGCUGACCUACCGGGCGUCAAACAGCGUUCAAUCUAUGACCAGAUGAAGUCGGCAGCAUUACAGCAACUGUCUCAACCUGCUCAGGCCGCAAUGCUUCAGGGUCAUACCGCACCCCGGGUGGUUGGAGAACGGGCUGCUCGCCAGCUACGUGCUGCCCUGAUGGCACGCUGCCAGCAGGUAAUACCUCUUAUUCAGCGCCUCCAGGCUGAAGGUUUUGUCUUCAACAAAGCUGUCGAGCUUGGUCAUGUUAAUGAAAAAGACAUUGCUUGCUUCGAGGCAGUUGAUACCAGUGUUAAGGCUGAGAUCGAAGCAGUUAAGAGUGAAGCUAAUUGGCUCUCUGAUAAUUCUGGAACUAACGUUGGCAUGGGGGAGCAGAUCUGGCCUGCCGCCUUUCAGAUUUACACCAGGCGGCGCGCUGAGGUCACAAAGCAAAUCCAAACUGCCCAGACGAAUCCCCUCACUAUAAACACUGUGUUUGCAGAUGUGGUUGAUUAAAGGUAGAUCAAUUUGGUUUUUUGGUUUGCUAGCUUUCCUAUCGCAACAAAAGCAGAAUAUGUGGUUCUCCAGAUGCGCGCAGAUUUAACUGCGGCACAUCAGGCUAGGUUCUGCGGACGCGAAAUAGCCUCAACUCGCCAACAACUUAGGUAUUGGAUUUCUAUAUUGGAUUAGUUGAAGUAAUUUACGGGGCCUAUCCACCGCCGAAAAAUAACCACGGGUGGACUGGCACUGGCCAGUUGGCCACUUCGCCGCCUAAAUUGACCGUACCACUGGCAGGGCUACUAGACUCGGAGGUCGCGGCGGGGGCCCCCAACCCGAGCCGGACACCGGGUUCUUUUUUACAGUAAGAUCCUGAGCGAUCCUCCCCAAGGUAAAUUCGUGCUGAAUUACCCUGCGACACUUAAUGCUCCGUGAGUACAGCUAAAUUUGGCUGUUUUACCCCCCCUUUCAGCGUGAACGGCGCGCUCAAACCUGAUGGCCAGUGAAUAUUGCCACCGUUCGGCACCUUCCGAUUCCCGAGGGGCGAAAGCAACCACACUUUGCCAUAUAAUAAUGGGGGCUCGCUUCACGUAGGUCCUGUCUGCAUCCUUGGGGGCAGCGCAGAAGCUGAGAUCGAAACUAUUUGCGUGCUAUGCGUCGGUGCGAUCGACAGCACGGCCGCCGGAUGCUGC